AUGAUUAUCCAGAUUGGUCUAGCGCUGCCGGACCAAACUACAGCGUCGAUCGAUCGACUUCGAUCCAAUCGUUACAAUGAUUCCAAACCAAUAAUCCGCGGGAGGGUCGCAGCGGGCCGUCUCGGGGCCUCUAACUGUUCUAACACAACAAUCGCUUUGGUCCCUUUGAACCUGGUCGAAAGAUGGCGAUCCGUAUGGCUUGCAGCUCGUGGCGGGUAUUGGAUCCGGAAGGCGUGGCAACUUGAUCAGAGGAUGACACCAGAACGACUCGACCUGGACGAUACAGAGGGACAGGAUUCGAGCGGCUGUCUCUCCGAGUCAAGAGCAAACCUUAUCAUCCCUUCCAAGGCGAACGACACUCCUCAAAAAGCAGAUUCAGAUGCAUCCUUGGCCCUGCAUCACAUUCUCUGCAUCACAUUCUCUACAUCACAUUCUCUGCAUCGCAUCCUCUGCAUCACAUCCUGCGCCGUCGAUUAUUCUCACCGCCGCCAGGAUGAGCAACAACACUGGCUCCUUCGACCUCUCCCUAACCGCUCACCAUAUCAGCUUUCUGCACUGUAUCAGUCGCAGCCAACAACAUCGCAGGCCUGGCUAGGCGAUGAGGAUCUUCACCGCUUCUUUCCUAAGACUCCAUCACCAUCAAGGCUUCCUUCGACCAAUGCUGCAGCCCAGUGUUCGCAUAGGCACUGA